AUGACGACCUGGUCGAACUUCUACAAGGGCGGCAAUCUUGAAAGAAACUAUUACAGUAAGCCGAUAGAAGUUGCCGCCUACAGCUGGAGGAAACGACCGCCUCUGCCUCAUUUUAUUGGACAGUUCUGGAAAGGGGUGGAUCUAGAUAGCGGCUCUACUGCCGACUGUCUCGCCGAAAGACACAGCCGCGUUGACUUGCGAGACCUGCAACAGGCCUGGACUCAGCACCAGUGGCAGCUGCAAUCCUUUUACGUAAACGCUUCGGGUCUUGUCUCAGUCGUCAUCGCCGCGGAGACGACGACGACCUUCAGCGAUUCCUCGUCAAUAUGGUUACGCGGCAGCGAAGUGGGACCAGAGGCCGGCGUCAAGGAGACAUUUUCGUCGUUGUUCUUCGUCGAAGAGUCACCAGUCCAUCCGCUGCGCACUUACCUGAGUGAGCAGAAGACCAUUUCGACAAACUAG